AUGGGUGGAGUAUACCGCGAGGAUCUUGCGCACUCCCGGCGGCAAGCCAACCGCUUCUACUUGGUGGCACAGGACGGUGAGGACCUGGAGCUCCUUCGCCAGAGGGCGCGCAGCCUGCGAGCGCUGGGACUGGAGCCCCCGCGCGCCCAUCACUUCACGCGCUUGGCGCGUGAAGGUCAGAACCCUCACAGCCCUGGCAGUCUCCAGGUCUUGAGUCCAUCCCUAGGAGCUUCUCGAGGCACAACGAGCGGCACCUCGGAAGACGGUGCCUCCACCGCAGACCGGCUCGCGGACCGUCGCUCCAAGGACUCGGUGGAGAACUCCGCGGCUGGGCGUGGGAGCCUUUAA